AUGCACGACACGUACGACCAUCAGACCAAGCCACGGGUCCUUUAUCUAGGUGCCCCGAAGCAUACAUCUCGCAGCAUACGGAACGAGUAUGCAGAGAGUUUCGACAUCGAUAUACUGGAUGUGUCGACACGAGCAGAACUGAUCGAUCAGUUGGCUCCACUCGUCGCAUCGCGAGGACCCUAUACAGCUGUGGUCUGUCGACUCGGACCACAGCCCUUUGAACCGUUCGAUGCUGAGCUGCUCGCACCGUUGCUUCCGCAGCUGCAAGUCGUCGUCUCCGCACAGAGCGGAUACGACGAUUUCCAUGUCGACUGGAUGACCCGACAGCACAUUUGGUUUGCCAACACUCGCAACGCCACCAGCAAUGCCACGGCAGAUAUGGCCAUGUUCCUCAUGCUCGCGAACCUGCGCAACUCGAGACGCGCCGAAAAAAGCUUCCGAGCAGGUCAAUGGCGAGGCGGACUUCCUCUCUCGCGAGAUCUCGAUCGUCUCAAAUUGGGAAUCGUCGGUAUGGGAUGCAUCGGUAGUGCUCUGGCUCGCAAAGCUACAGCGCUGGGCAUGCAAGUACAAUAUUUUGCGCGAAACGGUGGCAUCUCUUCCCGCGCGCCUGAAGGAGCUCUGGCAUGCGAGUCUCUCCAACAACUUCUCCAGACUUCCGACGUCGUCUCCUUGCACUGCCCCCUCACCAAAGACACCCAUCACAUGAUCGGCGAAGCCGAACUCGCCCAAAUGAAACCCGACGCCUACCUCAUCAACACCUCCCGCGGCGGAAUCCUCGACAGCAACGCCCUCAUCUCCGCCCUCGAAUCGCAUCAACUCGCCGGCGCAGGCCUCGACGUCUUCGAAAACGAACCCGCGGGGAUUGAUCCGUACUUUUUCACCAGCGACAAGGUUAUUGUACAACCUCAUCUCGGAGGCCUCACCGAAGGGUCUUUCGAACGUGCGGAAAUCGAAUGUUUGGCGAAUAUUAAAGCUUUUUGUUUAGGGGUGAGGUUAGGGGUUGGGGUGGGGGGGAACUGGGUUGCCAUGAGACAAUCUUAUCUUGUUGUCUGGUUAUCUGAUAGACUUUUGAGAUGA